AUGGGCAGUGCCGCGAGCGCGAAGUCCUUCACCAGGGUGGUCCCUGCAGACGAGCCCAAGCAGCCCCAGCAGCCUGCCGAGCGGAGGGUUUCGGACCAGUCGAGGACGCAGACGUUGGGCGCCGCGGCAGCGACGAGGACGUGGACUUCGGCGACGGCGAGCAAGGCUGCACGCGGCGUGGUGGUCGAAGGAGUUGAGAUCCCCUUUCAGGUCCGUGAAGAUGAUUGUGUCCACUUUGACGACGAAGUGCUGGCCAGCUACAGCUCGUGGACAGCGCCGGUGGACAACGCACCGCUCCACAUGGCCUUGCCACCCGGGCGCCUUGAACAUGAGAUGAACACUCGGUGCGUCGCUCAAUUCAUGAGGCAUGCAGCAAGGCAUCGCAGGCACUUCGAACUGAUGGUUGGACGAUCCGCAGAGAACGACUGA